AUAUUUUAAAACUGUCAAGUCAAGUUAUAACGUAAUGAAGUCUUCUAUAAAUUUUGUAUUAUUUGUGGUCUUAAUUAGUGUUGUUUUAAAAACAGUACUAUCCAGUGAUGAAUCCCUUAAAAGUUUGAACAAAGAUGGACCUAUCGUAGAAGUUCAAGAUGGUAAAUUGCGUGGUGUUAAGGAGAAAAAUUAUAAUGGAACAGAUUAUUUCUAUGCUUUUCGUGGCAUUCCAUAUGCUAAACCACCCGUUGGGGAUUUAAGAUUCAAGGAACCAAAGCCAGUCGAACCGUGGUCUGAUAUAAGAGAUGCCCAAUUCUUCGGCAAUAUGUGUGCUCAAUUUCACUGGGGAUUGAAACAUUUAGAGGGUAGUGAUGACUGCCUUUAUCUGAAUGUGUACACCACAGAUCUCACUCCUGAAGAGCCACGUGCAACAAUGGUUUCAUUACAUGGUGGAGGUUUUUUCUGGGGUACUAGUAACGAUCUUUUAUAUGGACCUGAUUUUCUUAUUAAGAAGAAUAUUGUACUAGUAACAUUGAACUACCGUCUUGGUAUUUUUGGUUUUCUUAAUUUGGAUGAUGAAGAAGUACCGGGUAACCAAGGUCUAAAAGAUCAGAUUAUGGCAUUAAAAUGGAUUAAAAAUAAUAUCGCGAAAUUUGGUGGGGAUCCAACUCGUAUUACGCUUUUUGGACAGAGCGCAGGCGCCGCAUCUGUUCAUUUCUUGAGUUUUGUUCCAGCAGCUCAAGAGUUAUUUCACAGAAUAAUACUACAGAGUGGACUUGCGACUGUUCCGUGGGCAAGUCCAUCACAAUCCAUGACGUAUGCAGCAAUUAGAGUAGCUAGGAAUUUAGGAAGCAAUGCUACUGAUACCAAAGAACUAAUAAAGUUUCUACAAAGUGUGGAUGCAGUUAAAUUGGCUGACACUGUACACAAAACUUUUAAUCCACAGAAAUAUUAUACUCCUGAGAAACCAUUUGUGCCAUCCAUAGAUUCAAAAUCGAAACAUCCGAUUUUACUCGCUUCAAUCAGAGAUUUAGUGAAACAGGGUAUUAAAGUACCUUGUAUUGUUGGUUACAACACUGAAGAAGCCAUUUUUUUGUUAGCAGAGGUUGGAGAUGACGAUUAUCAAUAUAUAGAUAUGCAAUUGAUAUUUUCAAACGGAAAAAAAUUUUUACAAGAUCGUGGUGUGUCUAUUGGUGAUGUGAAAAAAUUUAUUAUGGGCGAUAAAAAAUUCAACCGAGAAAACGCCGCGCCAAUAAUACAGUUACUUCAAACAUACUUUCAAACAGCGUACGUCGAUGAAUUUCUCGAAAUUCAAACUACAGAAGUACCUGAUAUACCAGUAUAUUUAUACAAAUUUGAUUAUUAUUCAAAAGAAACUGCGAUGGUGCAAAAAUUUUUCAAAUCCGAUUUAGAAGGCACAGCUCAUGCUGAAGAAAUACCUUAUCUUUUUCAUUGUAAGUUUUUUCUGAACCUUGGUAUUAAACAACCGAUUUCUUAUCCAUCUGGGAGGAUCGUUCAACAACGAAUGUUGACACUAUGGACAAAUUUUGCCAAAACGGGAAACCCAAACUUGCCAAAAUCAGAAGUAAUUUCUGUUGAUUGGAAGCCGGUGGAUAAUUCAACUGAAUUCAACUGUUUGAAAAUUUCUGAUAAUCUCACCAUGAUAAAAGAACCAAAUAUCUUGCGUCAAUUAGAAACAUUCGCUCAACAUGACGGAUGUUUGAUAGGAUUAUUUCAGCGAGGUAUCAUGCAAAGUGGAGUUGCGACGAAUCCAUGGGCAUAUACAUCCCUGUCUAUGAAAGAAGAAGCUGAAAAAAUAGCUGAUAAAUUAGGAAAAAAGGCUAGUGAUACUAAAGAGCUUAUUGAAUUUUUACAAACUAUCGAAGCUCAUGAUUUGAUUGACGCAGUACAGUCAUUUGUUAAUCAAACAAAUAAAUAUGUGAGCGUAAAUCGAUUUGUACCGUCAGUAGAUUCAAAAUCAAAAACUCCAUUUUUAAGUAUUCCAGUCAUUGUCCAAGCUCAGUCAGGGAUUAAAGUACCUCAUAUUAUCGGCUACAAUAGCGACGAAGCAAUUAUUUUGCUCGCAGGCUUGAAAGAAGUUGAUUAUUCCGAAAUCAACUCAAAUCAAGAUAUGCUACUUUCUUCAAACGAAAGACAAUUUUUACAAGCAAGAAAUAUUUCUGUAAGCGAUGUAAAAAAAUUCUUCAUGGGAGACAAAGAAAUUAGUGAGGAAAACCGUCGCGAAAUGAUUGAAAAUAUAUUAAGAGUCAUGUUCUAUGUGGUAUUAAUUACUUUCUUAACACAAACAGUUUUAUCCAGUGAUUUGCCUACUAAUAAUUCAUCAACUCGACCGAUAGUAGAUUUAGAACUGGGUCAAUUGCAAGGUGUUCAAGAAACUAACGUCGAUGGAAAAAGUAAUUUUUAUGCGUUUCGAGGGAUUCCGUUUGCAAAAUCUACCGCUGGGGAGCUAAGAUUCAAGGACCCGGAACCAGCUGAAGCGUGGUCUGGUGUACGAGAUGCGAGUAAAUAUGGAAAUAUAUGUCCGCAAAAAGAUUUUCUUUUUGGGAAAGUGAUCGGAGGCGAAGAUUGUUUGAAUUUGAACGUCUAUACAAGAGAUUUGAAUCCUGAAGAACCACUUGCUGUGCUUGUCUGGAUCCAUGGAGGUGCUUUUAUUUUGGGAUCGGGAAACGAUGAUCUCUACGGUCCAGAUUAUUUUAUGAAAAAAGACAUUAUUUUAGUGACAAUAAAUUAUCGUUUGGGAAUGUUAGGUUUUCUAAAUUUGGACGAUGAAGAAGCAACUGGCAAUCAAGGUUUGAAAGAUCAAGUUAUGGCUUUGAAAUGGGUGAGACAAAACAUUAAAAAAUUUGGUGGUGACCCGAACAAAGUAACUAUUUUUGGCGAAAGCGCAGGCGGUGCUUGUGUUCAUUAUUUAACAAUUUCUCCGUUAGCAGAAGGAUUAUUUCAAAAAACUAUCAUUCAAAGCGGUGUUGCUUCAAAUCCAUGGGCCAGUGUAGGUUAUUCAAUGAAAGAAGAAGCUGCAAAUAUAGCCGAAAAUUUAGAAAGAAAUAUAACUGACACCAAAGAACUUAUUGAAUUUUUAAGAAACGUUGAUUUAGUCAGUCUAGUCGGGACGGAACAGAAAUUUUUCUCUCCGACAUCGAUGAAUUUUUUGGACUUAAAACUUCGUUUUGUACCGUCGGUUGAUUCAAAAUCUAAAAAUCCGUUUCUAAGUAUCCCAGUAAAAGAAGCGGUUAAAUCAGGUAUCAAAGUCCCUCACAUAAUUGGUUAUACCAGCAAAGAGGCGAUUAUUUUUGUAGCAGGUUUACGGGAUGAUCAAUACGCAAAGCUAGAAGCUGAACGAGACACGUUCUUAUUGCAUCCUGAAGAAAAACAAUUUUUGCAAGAGCGAAACGUAUCUCUAGAUGAUAUCACAAAAUUUUUUAUAGGUGAUAAAAAAAUCGCUUCUGAGAAUAUUCAGUCGUUUGUUGAUGUAGUUACAGCCAGAUUAUUUUUGAUUAACAUCCAUGAUAUUAUUAAAAUUCAACCUUCCAUUCCUGACGUGCAGACGUAUUUAUAUAAAUUUGAUUAUUAUUCAAGUAAAACUGCGAUCAUGCAGAAACUGUUUGGUACUGAUUUAGAAGGUACAGCACAUGGAGAAGAACUGCUCUUUCUUUUCUAUCCAAAAUUAAUGAAACUUUUUGGGUUUCAACCGAUUGAUUCCGAUUCAACGGAGAACAUAAUUAAAGAACGAUUCAUUGAACUAUGGACGAACUUUGCUAAAACUGGGAAUCCAAAUUCAGAACGAUCAGAAUUAAUUUCCAUUAAAUGGAAGCCAGUUGAUGACCAUCAAGAAUACAAUUGUUUAAAAAUAUCUGAAGAUCUUAGCAUGAUUAAAGAGAAUAAUAUUUUAGAUAAAAUACAACAAAAUAAGAGCCAAAAUUAGUGAUUUUGUAAGAACCAAAAAUACAUUUAUUGAAAAAACUUUUUAGGCACAAGAACUUAUGUUCUUGAAAAUUAUCAAGUAUAUAUUUUCUGUUCUGAAAAAUUGAUCGAAUUUCUUGAAAUAAUUGUUAUUUAAUCCAAAUAAAACAUUGUACUAUAUUCAAAUAAAAUUUUAUACCUAUUUUUUAUAAAUUUGGUAAUUAAUUUUAUCAAUUAUAAAAUAAUGUACAGCUUGACUAUUAUUAUUAUUACUAUUAUUAUAAUUCUCUGUAACUACUUACACCGCUAGAUGAUUAAGAGCGAUAUCUAUUAUUUUAUGUUUUUUAUUUAUUUAAAAAUUAUCAACUAAACAAAAAUAUUUUUG